AUGAAGCGAACCACUGGUUCCAAGCCAUGGAGCGUGCUUUACAGGCGCAACAUGUUCCAUACAAUUUAUCUGGAGUUUGCCGCUUAUCAGCUUGCGGGAGAGGCCCAGCCCUGGUGGCAAGCAGAGUGUCGCUUGCUACAACUACAGAAUGCUAAGGUUUCGUGGGAUGUAUUCCGAACGGCCUUUUACAAGAAGUACUUUCCUGAGUUUGUAAGGAAAGCGAAGGAGAUGGAGCUAAUGCAGCUGAAGCAAGGUUCCAUGUCUGUGACUGAGUACACCAACAAGUUCGAAGAGCUUUGUAGGUUUUCUCGGGUGUGUCAGGGUGACCCAGAGACCUUCGAGAGCUGGAGGUGCAUUAAGUACCAAAGGGGUUUGAAGGAUAGCAUUAUGACCGUUGUGGCUCCUAUGGAGAUCCGUGUCUUCUCCGACUUGGUGAACAAAGCAAGGGUGGUGGAGGAGUAUGCCAAGACCGUGGCUACAUCCAAGGACACUCAUGGAGGAAGCAGUAGCAAAGGACGUGGCAAGCAUUACCAUCCAAGGAGUCAAAGUUUUAAGAGAAGAGGAUAUGCGCAUCAAGGUUAA